UUCUCCCAGCGGCGGCGAUGGAGGCGGAUGCGGAUUUGGGUAUCGGCGGUAGCCCAGCACCCGGUGAUCCGGGGCUAGGCGAUAGUCUGCCGUGUGAGGCAUCUGGGCCGCAGGACAGCCCGACACCCGGGGAACCCGGUCCCGGUAGCAUUGUGGUACCCGGCCCUGGUGGCAGAGGAACACCUGGGGAUCCGAGGCCCCUGCUCACGGCCACUGGAGAGCCGAGGCCUGCCGUCCCAGGUUCUCCAUCCUCUGCACCAUCUCCCGCGCAGUCCCCGGCCCCAGGCAGCCAACGGCUCCUGUUUGUGGAUGACCUUGUGUCUGGCACCUACAAGGGGGCCUUGAGGCACGGCAUUGUCGGUUUAAUUCAUGGCGAGGUCAGUAGCGGUGAGAGCUCGGACACGGACGAGGAGGGCGCCGGCCGGGAGCGACCCCUUAAGAAAGGUUAUGUCCGGGUGCAGUGGUAUCCCGAGGGUGGCAAGCAGGACGUGAAGGAAAUCAGGCUCAAGCUCGAAGACCGUUCACUGAUGCCCCGUGACCUCGUUCGACGCAUGGGCAAAAAUGCUGAUAAUCAAUGUGGAACAGUGAUUGAUGUGAAUAUGGAGUGCACCUUGAAGAUUCUGGGAACAAAUUAUAUUCUUCACCCAGUCAACAGUAGAGACUUGCAGCAUAUUUGGCCAUUUGUCUAUGGUGAUUAUAUAGCCUUUGAUUGCUGGCUAGGAAAGGUUGACAACAUUGUGGCCCAGCUUAUUCUAAAACUAUCAAAUGGAGCCAGAUGCUCAAUGAGUACCAGUGAUGGCAGUAAGCUUGUUGAUCUUUGUCCCCAUGUCAGUGACUCGGGGCAGUUCUUCGAUGAAUCCUAUGGGUUUUAUCCAGGACAAAUGUUGUUUGGAGCAGCUAAAGUUUUCUCAAAUGUCCAGUGGCUGUCUGGUGUUCGACCUGUGCUGAGCAAAAAAAGCAAGUUUAAAGCGGUUGUUGAAGAGGUGCAAGUGGUGGAGCUUAGAGUUUCCUGGAUAACAAAGAGCUUUUGCCUUGGUGGAAGUGAGAGUGUUUAUCCUCCAUCUCCAGUUAUCACACAAGACAAUUUGCCCAGGGUGAAACGCUUGAACUGUUAUGACCAUGCUCGCAUGGUCCUGGCAGAACGGGCUGUUUAUGUGCUUCCGGGAGAUCCUGAAUCUACGGCUAUUUCUUCGGAGGGUCCAGAAGGAAAUUCCAUCAUUGCUGUGAAUUCUGUUGUCAGAAAGGUUAAACGCCUCUUUGACAAAGAGAUGGUGAAAAACAUCUUGAAUAAUUUGGAUGCCCGUGAAAUGGAUCAUUCUGACAAGUUCGCAGUUGCCUUGGAUGAUGGAUCUGUCAUGGUCACCUCAAAUGUUUUUGGCAUCAGCAGCUCUAAAUCGAAUUUGGGUUGGGAGGGCACGCCUCGACUUGCCAUAGGACUGAAAUCCCAGUCUGUAAAUGGGACUGUGGAGAAGGAAUCUGUUCUGAGCAAUGGUCCUACCUUCACUAACGAUGAUGCUCAGAAUCAGCUGGAAAAAAGAGUAAAAGAAGGGAACUCGAAGGAAAUGAACCAGUCUCCAGUGAUACUAGGUGAAGAUUUAAUAGAAAGUAGACAGACACUGAAGCCGCAGCUGGCAGAAAAGGAUGCAGAUGAUGAAGGUGCUGAAGAUACUGAUGAAACCAGCUCCAUUUCUUCUUCUGCAAGUUCGACUGCAUCAUCGCAAAGUGGUGGACAUGGGCGUAAAAAGAGUAUCCCACUUUCUAUAAAAAACUUGAAGAAGAAACACAAGAAGAAAAAGAACAAACCUUCCCGAGAAUUCAAACCAGGUGACAGAAUUGCUGUUGAGAUUCUGAAAACCAGCACCUGUGUUGAUGUGAUGUGGCAGGAUGGUACAGUAGAAAAAAAUAUUCGAUCCAAUGACUUGCUGCCAGUUCAUCAUGUGGACAAUAAUGAGUUUUGCCCUGGAGAUUUUGUGCUGGAUAAACGUGCACAAGGACCUCAGGAUGUUGGCGUGUAUGGAGUCGUGCAGUCUGUUGACCACAUUGGACGGACGUGUUCAGUGAAGUGGUUCAAACCAAAAGCGAAUGGCACAGAGAUAGAGAUGCUGGGAUGCGAGGAAGAUAUUAGUGUUUAUGACAUUGCUGAUCAUCCAGAUUUCCAUUUCCGCAUCACUGAUAUCGUGAUCCGUAUUGGAAAUGUGGAAGAAGGGCGAACGUUGCCGAAGGACAAUGAGGAGCCUUCUGUUGGUCAGGUGUCACGAGUUGAUAUUAGUGGGAAGGUUGAAGUAGUCUGGGCUGAUAACUCCAAAUCCAGCAUACUGCCUCAGCACCUAUAUAAUGUUGAAUCUGACAUUGAAGAAUCUGACCUGGAUUCUUUGGAUGGGACUUCUACUGGAGCAACAUCUGAUGAGUGGGAAGAUGACAGUGAUAGUUGGGAAACAGAUGAUGGUGUGACUGAGGAUGAAAUUGUAAAGGGAAGUGAAGCACUUGAAGUUGGAAUAGAGGUGUCAGCACAAUCAGAAGAGAGUAAGACUGAAGCAGAGCAGGCUCAGGUUGCUGGAGCAACUUCAAGUGGCACAACUCUUGAAAAAGUGGCAAAGGAUGGCUCUCCCAAAAGUUUUCAUGAGAUAAAAGAGGCGAUCAAGAUUUUGGAAAGUCUGAAGAAUAUGACAGUAGAACAGCUGAUGACUGGCUCUGCUACUUCCCCAACAGUAGAGCCAGAAAAGCAAACUAAAGAUAAGAAGUUUCGAGAUGAUAUCAAGAAACUGCAGGAAACUCUUCAAAAGACACUGGACAAUGUGGCCAUUGUGGAGGAAGAGAAAAUGGAGGCUGUUGUGGAAACUGACAAUAAAGAAGAAAAGCUUGAGAUGCAGACUCCUAUUAAAUCAGAGUGGUCCAGUGAUACGCCUGUACUAUGUCAACAGAGCAGUAAACCUGGUGUGACUUUUACGAGUGCAAAAGGAGAAGUCUUCUCUGUACUGGAGUCAGUGCCUGACAGUCAUGCAUUCAAAAAGAUGGAAUUUCAACCAGCAGAAUCAAAAAAAUUUUUCAACACCGUGAGGAAAGAGAUGGCAUUACUUGCGACAGCACUUCCUGAUGGCAUCAUGGUGAAAACAUUUGAGGAUAGAAUGGAUUUGUUCUCUGCUCUAAUCAAAGGCCCAACACGCACUCCCUAUGAUGAUGGGUUGUUCCUGUUUGAUAUCCAGCUACCCAAUGUUUAUCCUGCAGUGCCGCCACUUUUUCGUUAUAUCUCUCAAUGCAGUGGCCGUCUCAAUCCUAACCUGUAUGAUAAUGGCAAAGUGUGCGUGAGUCUGCUGGGCACGUGGAUUGGAAAGGGAACUGAGAGGUGGACAAGUAAAUCCAGUCUUUUGCAAGUGCUGAUAUCGAUCCAAGGUCUGAUCCUGGUGAAUGAACCCUAUUAUAAUGAGGCUGGAUUUGACAGUGAUCGUGGUCUUCAGGAGGGUUAUGAGAACAGUCGCUGUUACAAUGAGAUGGCCCUUAUAAAACUGGUGCAAUCUAUGACUCAGCUCAUUCAGAAACCUGUGGAAAUUUUUGAACACGAAAUAAAAGAGCACUUCUACACCAAUGGAUGGCGCCUCCUGUACAGGAUGGAGUCUUGGCUGGAAAUCAAUGAAAUGAUCCAAAGAAGCAUUGAACUUGGCCAUAGUGCUGAAGAUGAGUCCGUUCCAAUCUCGUCGUCUGAUGCAGCAGACAGUCGAGUGGAUGGUCUCUCACCAUCUGCAGCACAAAUUGUUGAAUCUGUUCAAGCUGCUAAAGAGCCUGGUAUGGAAAAUUCUGAAGAUCAUGUGAGUACUAAGCCACAGAAGUUAGCAGAAGCGGGCUCAGAUGAAAAUAUCUGUCUGGAGACUGAUUCUGCUGAGCAGCAACCUACUGAAACUUGCUCCCCAACCGUGGAGCAGAAGGGAUCAUCACAAGCUAUUGUCAGGCCAAAGAAAAGGCGAAAGAGUUACAGGAGCUUCCUCCCUGAGAAGCGUGGUUACCCUGACAUAGGUUUCCCACUUUUCCCCCUCUCCAAGGGGUUUGUAAAAAGCAUCUGUGGCUGCCUGCAGCAGUACAAAGCAACCUUAAUCAAGUCUGGAAUUCCAGAAAAAAGAGAGGAGAGAUGAGCACCAAAUCUGUGCCACAGGUUUACAAAAUUUUCUAGACUUUUGAUAAUUGUGUAAUAUUAAAGCAAAGAGUCAUGAGCAAAUCAAGGCUGCUCACUUUUUGUAAAUGGAUUGAAGUAAGAUGAAUGAACAUCAUGUCGGGAGAAAAGAAGGCCCAGCCUGAGUAUUUUAAAGCAUGAUACAUAUGGUGAACUGCAUCUCUGGCCUUAGAAUGGCUGCAAACUGAUGCCCAUAAAAGAUGUAAAAAUUACAUUGAUAAAUGUUUCACUCAGUAACAUUAAAUCUGAAUUUGUAGCUUGAGAUGUAUACAGUAUUUAAUCCAGAUUUAAAUGUGUACAGGUGUGGGCUUGAAUUGGUUGCUUCUUAUGUAGAAAUUGUCCCUGAGUUUUUUAAUUUAUUUUCAGUUGCCUUAUGCCAGUGUAAUAUACAACUUUACAAUUAAAUUUAACUACAGUUAAGGAUGUCACUGGAUAAGGGUUUUCACGCCCUGGCUUUAUUCAGUACUAUGUCUACAGAUACUGCCCGGUAAUAUGAAAAUAAAACAAAGUAUAUGCUGAUUUGGACGUGCAUUGAACUCCGUUGACUGCAUUGACAAGCCCCACCUUGAAUAAAAGAAAGGUGCUGUAUUGCAUGAUGUAACAUACAUUCAGGUCAAUGAAAGUAUACAGUUUUUAUUUAUAAAAUCCUUCCAACGUUGCUGUCUUUCAGUGUCUAACACUGAUGUAUUUAUCCACCAAACUGCUUUACAUUGGUGUAUACAAGCCUAUUUGUUGCAUUAUAAGGGGAUUUUGCUUGUCUAGUCUUUUGCAUGGGAUGUGACGUUGUAAAGCAGGAUAUUCUCAGCAACUUGCCCAUGAAUCUGUUUUGUUAAUGUACAUGUAGAAUUGAGCUGGUUUUUCUCAAUGGAGUUCAAUUGAAAUCUCCCAUUAACAGCCUUGCAGUGACUCCCCAUUUUGUAAAUGCAUUGUGAAAAAUCUGCCCAAAGCAAUUUCUAUUGUCUCCAAAAUGUUUUCCUCCUUCACUCUCACUCUUAUUUUAUACAUAUAUAUCCCAAGAAUAUAGGCUUCUAAUUUCAGCCUUUUGAGUGUCUCACUUUUCCAAUCUUGGUUCUUUUUUUUCCCCUCUCGUUUGCCUGCUGCCCUUCAGCCCUUGCCCAUAGGCAACUUUUGAAAUUGGGCCAACAGUAUUCAGUUUUACCCUUAUUUCACCACUUUUGAUUUUGUGAUGAUUGGUCAGGCCAUGGUCUGUAUCUGGCAUCAUCAAACUUUUAAUCACUUAAUCACUAAUCAGUUGUAAUUUCAAGUACUUUCUCACUUAUUCCCAGUAAUACUCUUCCUGCACUUACAGUGGCAGGACAAAUUGGUAAGAUGACUUAAAAACAUAUGCUGCUUUUUUGAUUUAUAAAUUUGAGGAAUAGAAUAUAAAAUAGUGAUCAUACUGGACCUUCGUAAGUCAUUUUUAGGUCCGAGUGUUGUGCUUUUGGACAUGGCCUCGAAGGAGAGACUGGGUACAGGAGAUUUGCUGUAAUAAUGCCUGACUUUAAGGAAUUCUGUAAUAAGGAGAGGUUGGAAAAUUUAGGACCAUCCCUUUUGGAAGAGGGAAUUAAAGUGACCUUAAUUGUGAAAAUCUCCUAGUUUUGAUGAAUUAGUUAAAGGAAAAACUACUCCAUCUGGUAACUUAAUCAUUCAUCAGAAAUCUCCAUUCUUUCUGCAACAGUGCAUAGCCUUACAUGGACUAGUCAGGAUCUGAACUGUUCUCAUCAGGAAACCUGUUUCUGUAAGACCAUUGUAUGUAGGACCUGAAGCAAGCUAUUUGGCCCACCAAAUCAACUCUGCUUUCAUUGCAAUCAUGGCUGAUUUGAUAAUCUCCAAUUCCAAAUUCACUGCCUUUUUCCUUGUAACUCUAGAUUCAUUUCAAUUUAAAUACUGUCAAUUUUAGCCGUGAAUACACUUUGAAUAUAUUAUACAGCUUCCAUUGUUUUCUGUAAUAAAGAAUUCCACAAAUUCACUUCCCUUGAGAGGGGGAAUCUAUCUUCAUCUUUUUCUAAUGAUCAUUAGUCUGACGUUAUAAUCUCCUGGCCCUUGACAUCCUAGGGGGAACAACCGCUUCAAACUCUGAGAUUCUGUUUCGAUAAAGUUGCCCCUCAUUCUUCUGGUGAAUCUAGUCUUCUAGUCCAAUCUCUUGAACCUCCCAUAAGACAUGCCAUCCACACCUGGUAUCAACUUAUUGGACGCAGUCCAGAAAAGGUUCACUGCCAGUACUACUUUCCUUGGAUUAGGGGACAAAACUGUUUCCUCUGUUCCACUGCUUGUGAUCUGACUAGUGCCUUACAUAAUUUUAGCAAAACCUUCCCACAUUUAUAUUCCAUUCAAUUUGAAAUAAAGGCCAACAUUCUAUUUGCCUUCUGUAUUACCUGCUGAGCUUGAAUGCUGGCUUUGUGAUUUAUGCACAAGCACUCCCAAAUCAUUGUCUGCUGCAGCUUUCUAUAAUCUUUCACCAUUUAAAAAAAAUAAAUCAACUUCUCUAUUCUUUCUGCAACAGUGCAUAGCCUUACAUUUUCCCACGUUAUAUUCCAUCUACCAAGGUUUUACCCAUUCACCUAAACUGUGUUAAUCUCCCUGCAGACUGUCAUCGUUGCCACUUGCCUUUCUGCCUAAGUGUCGUACACAAACUUAGCGACAAUACGUUAACUUCAGUCAUUUAAGUCAUCAAUAUGUAUGGUAAAUAAUUGGUGUCCCAACAUGUCCUGUGUCGUUUCACCAGUUAGAGGUUGCUAUCCUGAGAAAGCCCCUCCUUAUUCCAACUGUUUUCUAUCUACACUGAUAAACCACUCCCAACACUGGGCUAUUAUGUACCCUAUGUGCAGUACCUUAUUGAAUGCCUCUUUGAAAUGUAAACAUAUUACAUCAACUUGUUUCCUUCUACUCAGCUUAUCACCUGCACAAAGUAUUAUAAUAAAUUUGUCAGGCAUGAUUUCUACUUCAUAA